AUGGCGGGCCCCGAGCAGUCCCAGCAGCAGAAGCAGGUAGAGGAGAAGGCAGAGCACAUAGAUGAUGCUGAGCUGGCUCUCCAAGGCAUUAACAUGCUGCUCAACAACGGAUUCAAGGAAAGCGACGAGCUCUUCAGGAGAUACAGGACUCACAGCCCACUGAUGAGCUUUGGGGCCAGUUUUGUCAGUUUCCUGAACGCCAUGAUGACAUUUGAGGAGGAGAAGAUGCAGAUGGCCUGUGACGACCUGCGGACCACUGAGAAGCUGUGUGAAAGUGACAGCGCCGGCGUCAUAGAGACAAUCAGAAACAAGAUCAAGAAGAGCAUGGACUCCCAGAGGUCAGGGGUUGUGGUUGUCGACCGUCUGCAGAGACAGAUUAUUGUUGCUGACUGUCAGGUCUACCUCGCUGUGCUCUCCUUUGUCAAGCAGGAACUCUCAGCAUACAUCAAAGGAGGCUGGAUCCUUCGUAAGGCCUGGAAAAUGUACAACAAGUGCCACAGUGACAUCAGCCAGCUGCAGGAGGCCUGUCAGAGGAGGUCCUCCGUCCACCAGGAGUCGCUCUCUGCUGACAACGCCAACCACAAUUCACCGGUGGAGAACGGGGUGACAGCUGAGGCCCUGGACCGGCUCAAGGGUUCUGUCAGCUUCGGUUAUGGCCUCUUCCACCUCUGCAUCUCCAUGGUGCCGCCGCACCUGCUCAAGAUUAUCAACCUGCUCGGUUUCCCUGGUGACCGCCUCCAGGGCCUGUCCUCCCUGAUGUAUGCAAGUGAGAGUAAGGACAUGAAGGCGCCGCUAGCUACGUUGGCCCUCCUGUGGUACCACACAGUAGUGCUGCCUUUCUUCGCUUUGGAUGGCUCAGACACACACGCAGGUCUGCUGGAAGCCAAAGCCAUCCUGCAGAGGAAGUCGGUGGUUUACCCCAACUCCUCCCUCUUCAUGUUCUUUAAAGGACGCGUUCAGAGGCUAGAGUGCCAUAUCAACAGUGCUUUGGCCUCUUUCCAUGAUGCAUUAGAGCUUGCAUCAGACCAAAGAGAGAUCCAGCAUGUAUGUCUCUAUGAGAUUGGUUGGUGUAGUAUGAUAGAGAUGAACUUUGGAGAUGCAUACAGGUCAUUUGAGAGGCUGAAGAAUGAGUCGCGUUGGUCGCAGUGCUACUAUGCCUACUUGACUGGAGUGUGUCAGGGCGCUUCGGGCGACCUGGACGGAGCAAGCGGUGUGUUCAAAGAUGUACAGAAACUGUUCAAACGAAAGAACAACCAGAUAGAGCAGUUUGCCCUUAAAAGGGCCGAAAGACUGAGAAAGAUCUCACCCACCAGAGAGCUAUGCAUCCUUGGUGUAAUUGAAGUGCUGUACCUGUGGAAGGCACUUCCAAACUGCUCGUCCUCCAAGCUGCAGAUGAUGAAUCAGGUGUUACAGUGUUUAGAUGAUGCUUCAUGUCGAGGCCUGAAACAUCUCCUUCUUGGUGCCAUUCACAAAUGUCAUGGAAAUAUGAAAGAUGCUAUUCAGUCAUUUCAGCUCGCUGCUAGAGACGAGUAUGGACGACAGAUCAACUCGUACGUGCAGCCCUACUCCUUCUAUGAGCUUGGAUGUAUACUGCUUGCAAAACCAGAGACCGUGGGAAAGGGGAGAUCAUUGCUUCUUCAAGCAAAGGAGGAUUUUACAGGCUACGACUUUGAGAACAGGCUCCACGUGCGCAUCCAUUCGGCCCUGGCCUCAUUGAAGGAGGUCGUGCCUCAGUGACUCCAGGACGGGAAGUUGCAAUGACUGAAGCGAUGCUCUUACUGAAAGCAUGGCUUUUUACAGUAUGGUGAAAGCCAUUCAAAACCACUGUAUGACAUUCUAGUGGACAGGCUGCUUUAUUUUUUCAUUUUAAGUGUUUUACACAUCUAAAUAUAAUAGCUAACAAUGUCAUAGCCAGUUCUUCUCAUUAACUUGUGUAUUUAGAGGACUUUAGUUGUGUCUCCCCCUCCCUUUGGUGAGCCAUUCAGCACAUAACAGCCUUUUGAUGAAAUAAUCUCAUUUAACUGUCAUUUAACUGUUUUUUUAACACUCUUUCAAAACAUGCAGAGGACAUUUAAGCAUGUUAUUUCAAUAUCAAAAUAGAAUUAAUUGCAAGUUAUUUGUCAUACAGUAGUUCAGUAUUGCACAACAAGGUAAGGGAAAUAUUUGUCAAAUUUGAUAUUUGAUUCUGCUUCAUGUUUGUUCUGAAAAGUAUUCAAUGGGCUGAUCAAUAUUUUAUGCAGAGAUUUUUCUUAGAAAUAACCGAAUCAACUACUUGAAAUUCUCAACUACACUGUCCUAUCAAAUUGCCAGUGGUUUAACGUGACUUUGUUAUAAUGUAAUUUAAACAAGGUGUGGUGCAUAUUUACACUUGGAUAAAAAAAAAAAAAUAAAAAUCACUUUGAACUACUAGGUUAUUAUUCAGUUAGUUAACUUCCCCUAUAUUGUUUAAUAACAGUACAAAAUGUUAAUCCGAUUUUAACCGGUCACCUAAACACACACUUACCUUCUGUCGUGAAUAGUAUUACUCACCUUCAAGUAGUUUGUCAUUUUACAUGUAAAAUACUUGUGACAUCACCACACUUAACGAUGCCCUACUGAUGCUAUGAACAUGCAUUUUCUAUUGAAAACAGCGGGCAUUGAUCUGUGCACUAUGCAUGGUAUGGCAGGGUAAAAGUGGCUCUAAGACUGUACUGUAAAUCAGACGUACCCGUGUAUCCAUCCCCUCACAUGCACUCAGUAUUGACCUACAUAUAGUACUGUAACAAUAUCAAAAGGUGCUGCUAACUGUCAGCAUGAUCAACAAAUUACUGCAAAUGUAUUUUGAUAGUAUUUUAGUGAUACAGGCUUUUGUAUCAGUCCAUACUGGUUAUUUAUCACAUAACAGAGGUUAUACUUAAUGUUGCAGUUGUCAUUUAUGCUAUUAAAGAAUAUAACUUAAUGAAAGACACAGUUCUUGUGACGGCCAGCAUGACAGGCAGUGCUGUUAGUAAUCGAGCUGGAUUAAAAGCGUGCUCUUCAAUUGGACAUAGAGACAAUACUUCUAUAUGGACAAUAAUUCUGUUCUAUCAAUUAAACUGAGGUUUUACCGGCCUCAUAAAUUUAAUAUGUGUAAAAUUCUUGCCUUUUACUGAUAAGUGCUCGGAGGUAUGGUCACCCAAGCAAUAAUAAGUAAGUAAGGAGGGCAUCUUAUUUUGUCAAGGUUUUUGAAGAUGAUGAUCACAAUGUGUUUCUUCGUCCCAUGUCCGAGGUCGUGUAUGGAAAGAUUUGUUUUGAUCACACUUAGUUGAUUAGACACAACCAGUCAUCCCCUGUGAUUGUGAUGGAUGUAAACUGUGGUAAAUGUCGAGGCAGAGUAAGUGGUCAGUACAGUACAAGUGAUGUGACGUUGAAAAACCGGUUAACAUGUCACUUUUCUGCUGUACCCCCAAAAAACUGAGCUACUUUUGUCAUUGAAAGACUGUGUUUUGUCCAUUUUGUCAUGAGGUUUGGAACCUUGUUGAAAUCGGGGUUACGUGUAACAGGAUGAUCGCUUUUCCCAUGUGAACUCUACAAUAAACUGUUGUCCAUAAAUCUUGCAAAA